UUCCUUCUCUGCGAUUACAUGUGUAUUUGCCUUGGACCAAACCAAACUGCCUCCUCCCUCCCUCUCCUCUCUCUACUCUCUCUCUCUCUCUCUCUCUCUCUCUAAACCCUUCACUGCUGCGGAGGACACUGUCGUCGUCUUCCUCGCUCUGCGAGCACCACCAAUGCCCGAGCAGCUGCUGCUGCGCCUUCCUCUGCUGCUUCCACACCUCCCCCUCCUUCUUCCUGUCCCCCAACCACGUCGUCUUCCUGUUCCCCUGCAAAUGUAGCUGUCCCUGAAGAUUCUACCUCCUCCUGUGCCCGCUCUCACUCACUCACCACCAACUGCUCUGCCGCAAUCUGACAACCUCUUCUCCUCCUCGUCGAUCCGUGUCCCGCUCCGCCGUCAUUUCAAGGUAAGGAAAAGGAAGGGGAGUGCCGUUUUUCGACAUCUGGGGAUAGAGAUGUGAAAGCCCUCUACUUGAGUCAGCGAGACGAGGCCACUGAACUUAGCUUCUGUUAAGCGUUUCACAUGGAACAGUACGAAAUACUCGAGCAAAUUGGGAAGGGGGCUUUUGGCUCCGCUCUUCUCGUGAGGCAUAAGCAUGAAAAGAAGAAGUAUGUGUUGAAAAAGAUUCGUCUUGCCCGCCAAACUGAUAGAACUCGAAGAUCUGCUCACCAGGAGAUGGAACUCAUUUCAAGAAUUCGGAACCCAUUUGUUGUAGAAUACAAAGAUUCAUGGGUCGAGAAGGGUUGCUAUGUAUGUAUCAUAUUAGGUUACUGCGAGGGUGGAGACAUGGCAGAAGCUAUUAAAAAAGCUAAUGGAGUACUUUUCUCUGAAGAGAAACUGUGUAAGUGGCUUGUUCAACUCCUGAUGGCGCUUGACUACUUGCACACGAAUCAUAUUCUUCACCGAGAUGUCAAGUGUUCGAAUAUAUUUCUGACAAAAGAACAAGACAUACGCCUUGGUGAUUUUGGACUAGCCAAAAUGUUGACUUCGGAUGAUCUUGCUUCCUCAGUUGUGGGAACUCCUAGCUACAUGUGUCCUGAGCUUCUUGCUGAUAUUCCUUAUGGCAUUAAGUCGGAUAUAUGGUCUUUGGGAUGCUGCAUAUAUGAAAUGACUGCUCAUAAGCCGGCUUUUAAAGCAUUUGACAUGCAAGCACUGAUAAACAAAAUAAAUAAGUCUAUAGUGGCUCCACUUCCCACAAAAUACUCUGGAGCUUUUCGAAGUCUUAUCAAAAGCAUGCUGCGGAAGAACCCAGAACUGAGGCCAAGUGCUGGAGAACUACUGAGGAACCCACAUCUUCAGCCUUAUGUCCUCAAUAUACACAUGAAGAUGACCAACCCGAGACGCAAUUCAUUGCCAGUCCAGUGGUCUCAAUAUACUCACGUGUCUCCUUACAGGAAGAUUCGGUACUCAUUUGCCAAUGAUCGGGCAUUGAACCCAAGCAUAUCUGGGCCUGAGCAAGAUUCUAGUUCAGAUGGAAGAUUUGAUGGUCCGGGUUAUAUUAUAAAUCGAAGAUUAGCGGAGCUCUCUGAUGGAAGUUCCCAGGGAACUGUGAUUUGUAAACCAAUCUCUUCAAGAAUAUCAACCGUUUCAAGGACCCAGAAAGUUAGCCUUGCAAAAGUUUCAUCCACACCCAAAAAACGAAUGGAGCCACCACUUAAGAAGCGUGAAUCGCUUCCUUUUCAACGUGCCACGAAGAAUCCCUUACCGACGGCUCGAAGAGCAUCUCUUCCGUUGCCAACAAGAGAUAUAAUGCACAAAUCCCCAUUUAGGCCCAGUGAUGAUCUCCUACACAUUAUUCAAUCUCCCGAUGUUUCUGUCAACUCCCCGAGAAUCGACAAGAUUGCUGAAUUCCCACUCUCUUCAUAUGAGGAACCCUACCUUCCCAUCAACAGGACCUCUUCAACCUCUGCUCAGGGUUCCACAGAGUCCCCGCCUGAACGAUCGAUGAUGAAGGACAAAUGCACUGUCCAGAAGUGUGGUAAGUCCUCCAGAAAGCCUGACUUCAUUGAGGCAUGGCAGGGGAUCCAUAGGAGUCUGCUUCGAGCAGAGAAGGAGGAAGGUAGCGAAUCUUCUGAUCAGAAUGCUACCGCCGGUGCAUCAAGUCGGGCCUCAUCAGACUCAAGGAGACGGAGAUUUGAUACCUCAUCAUACCAGCAACGGGCUGAGGCCCUAGAGGGCCUGCUUGAGUUCAGCGCAAGGCUGCUUCAGCAGGAGAGGUAUGAGGAGCUCGGGGUGCUUCUAAAGCCAUUCGGGCCUGGGAAAGUUUCUCCUAGAGAGACUGCAAUUUGGCUCAGCAAGAGCUUCAAGGAGAACACUCCAAAGCAGGAGGAUUAGUUUCGAAAAUUUAUGGGAACAUCUGCCCCGUGUAUGAUAAGUUGUAGUUGAGAGGAAUCGGUAUGAGGUUUUGGUGACAGAGGCUGUUCGAUCAGGAGGCGUUAGGGGUAGGCAGAGGAAGCAGUAAGUACGACAUAGGAUUAGGAUUCAGGCGUAAGAACUUUUGCAUUCUUCCCACUUGAUCUCUCAUGUAACCUUCCAUUGAACCAUCCAAACUCCUCGUUUCAAGUUUAAGCUCAACAAAAUGUGAAGGAUGACAUCGAAAGUACUUGUUUCGAA